UUUGUAAUUUAGUUCGAGAGAAGAGGGCAGAACUUAAGAAAUAAUUCAAGGUCAAUUAUAUAUUUAUUAAAUAUAUCCAACAACCCAUUAUCAAGCCACAAGCUUUCCCUCUCCAUCAUUCAUUUUCUUCUGCACCCCAAAAAAAAAAAAAAAAGGAAAAAAAAACAGAACCUUCUUGAUCAUGGAUAGAGAGCAGGAAGAGCUUCAAUUUCUUGGUUUCUUUGGCAUAUUGAAAGAAUCCUUGAAGAUUAUAUUUUCAUGGAGAAAAAUCUUCAGCCAAAUAACUUUAGCCCUUAUUCUCCCUCUCUCUUUCAUUUUCCUAGCUCACAUCCAAAUCUCUCAGCUCCUUUUUAUGAACAUCCUGAAUGACCAAGACACCCUGAAUUAUACCAAAGCUGGAACUCCUGGAUAUGCUAAGCUGUCUGAUAUAAUAUCAUCCGAAUGGACUGUUUUUUGGCUUUUCAAAGCUGCAUAUUUCACUUUCCUUCUCAUCUUUUCACUUCUCUCAACUUCUGCUGUUGUUUAUACAAUUGCAUGCAUUUACACAGCAAAGGAAAUCUCCUUCAAGAAGGUCAUCAGUGUGGUACCCAAGGUUUGGAAACGACUUAUUGUCACUUUUCUAUGGAGUUUCGCCAUCGUUUUGGUUUACAACAUUAUUGCUGGUGUCUUGUUCUUCUUGUCGGUUGCUUUUCUGGGACUCGGCAGCCUUGAGGUUGCGAUUCUUGUUGUUCUCUUCAUCUUAUACUUAGCAGGAUUCGUUUACAUCUCCUUGGUUUGGCAUUUGGCGAGCGUUGUUUCAGUGUUGGAAGAUGUUUAUGGGAUCAAAGCCCUGAAGAAAAGUAAGGCGUUGAUAAACGGAAAGAUGGGAGUUGCGGUGGCCGUGUUUCUUGUUCUUAUUCUAUGUUUUGUUGGGAUUCAGUUGGUGUUCGAGAGUGGUGUGGUUCUUGCCUGGUCGUUAAGUACUGAAAUCAGAAUUGGAAUUGGAAUCCUUUGCUUUUUGCUGCUGUUCAAGGUUAUUCUGUUCGGGCUUGUUGCUCAAACAGUGAUCUAUUUUGUCUGCAAGUCCUAUCACCAUGAAAAUAUCGAUAAGUCUUCUUUAGCCGAUCAUCUCGAGGUUUAUCUUGGGGAGUAUGUUCCUCUCAAAGCUAAGAAUAUUCAACUGGAGCAGUUUCAUGUGUAAUUGAACUUCUUUUUUUUUGUUAAAUAAAGGAUUACCUUGUAAUUUGGUGCUUAGAUUACAUAUCUUUUACAAU